AUGACACCGAGUCUAUCUCCGCCAUCCAUCCCUGACAAUCCACGCCUGGAAUUACGACAGCCUUGGUCUGAAAUAGAACCAAGGCAUUAUAUCUUCAAUCGACUGGUUGUCUGGCGGGCCAGCACACCUAUAAGCCUACAACUGCCUGGGGAGAUGGGGCUGGACGAGAGUCUACGCCAGUUGGCUACCUUAUUGCUGCUCAUUAUCGCCGGUCAAGAGACGCGGGACGAGAAGGAACAUCAAGUCAUUCGGCAAACCAUACAGGAUCUGAACCUGUUCAGCUUUAACAAUGCUGACAAAGCGCUUGAGCUUUUUGAGGGAGCUUGGCUCAAAAGACGCGGUUGUGAGACUCUGGAUGAAAAUCUAAUCGAAUAUUCAUUUGCCAUGAGAGUAGUAGCCCUUCUUUCAAAUGUUAUAUGA